AUGUAGCCGUAGAUAUGUCCUGUAUCACCGUAGAGCAACACAUGCAUAGGUACUUGUAGGCCUACAUUGGACGUGUUACGGCUGUAUCAGAACCCCUUGAUCGUGACAUAGGCCUAUCGUGCAUGGCAUGAGACCCCUGAACAAUACGAUUUUUGGCUAAGAGGACUUUUACAUCAUGUGUGUGUGCUCAUGGGUCCAAUGUCCAGGCAGAAUGAAUAAUAUCGGCGAAUACAUUCACUCUAAUGUGAUGCAGUCUGUCUGCUUUAUUGGAGUAGGCCUGUAAACGCAUCCACACCCAGUCUUCCAGAUCCCGGUAAGCAGUGAGUGAAGUUGAUUCCGUCCUCCUCCAUGAUCAUGCCUGGUCCACGAUGAUUGUUAGGCCCUAGCUCAAAAACCAUGAUAACAUGUGAUACGGCAAGACUUUAUACAUGACCGCACAGGCGCUUUGUUACUGUACAUAAUGGGUACGGGAAGCUCAUUUCCCAACGAUGAGGAUGCCGACAUGUCUGACAGUAACCCUGGUGUCAUCAAGCGCAUCCCCAUUGAGCUGAAGCCUCGGAAGAGCCUGGGGGGGACCUUGCGAUCCGUCGGCUCUUUUGGCAGACGACAGAAAGGAGUGAGUCUGAGGUCUGCCCUCUCUGUGGACUUGGACAGUUCCGAGGUGGAUAAAGUCCGCCGAGAGUUUGAGAUGUACAAGAUUGGCAAACAGAAUGAGAUGAGCGAUCUGAUCAAGAAAGAGAAGAAGUUGGAAAGUGAAAACAAACGGCUGCGGGCCGAACUGCAGGCUAUGCAGAAAACGUGCAAUAAACUCCGCCAGGAGCGCGACAUGGCUCUGGAUGCAGAGUACCAGGCUUUGGAGAGGGCAGCCGCCUUUGAACAAGACAGGAAUAAAGUACAACGUCAAUUUAAGAUUUUCCGCGAGACAAAAGAGAGCGAAAUUCGCGAUCUUCUGAAGGCGAGAAGCAGCCUGGAAGCCACAUUACACAGGACUGUUCCUCCCCUUAAUGGAGAAAACGGGGUAGUCAGGUCACUUGAUGCAGGCAAUUCCUACCCAGGUGACUGGUGGACAGCGUUGGAGAGUGAGCCCUCGCUUGGCAGUGUGUCCCAACUCCAGAUGUUACCAAGGGGACAAGAGGUCUCCCCUAAUCUCACUGACAUUGACAGUACCUUCACAAGUCUAAACAGAGGAGAGGACAGCCCUGUCUCUGUUGUGGCAUGGAACCAAGUCAUGCUGAGCCUACCUCAGACCUCGCAGUUCAAUGUCAUACGUGUCUACCUGUCUGCCCCGGAGGACAUGCUGGAUGAGGUGGCGAUUAUGGAGAAGGAAUUUGAGCCCAAACUGAGGGAGCUCUGUGAGCUGGAGGGGCGUUUUUUCCUGCUGGUCCACCUGCCUUUCUCUGAGCAGAGAAUGAAGGAAUGUUCAGAUGAUGAGCUGUCAAAGGUGUACAGCAUGUACAAGCGACUGGUGCAUGACUGCAGUAUCUUUCUGGCCUUUUUAGGAGAGCAAACCAAUCGGUUCACCCGUGAUGAGUAUGAGCUUGGCCAUCUCAAUAGCCCUGGAGCCAAGUCGGCCAUCUUUUGCUUCAGCAAUCCAGCAUUCAGAGGAUGUAAACCCAGUCAAGGAGAAGCCAAAGAACUGAAGAGCCUCGUCAACAAGACGGGGUGUGCUAAGAUCGUCAACAGUUACAAUGAGCCCAGGGACGGUGUGGAGCAAGCGUUUGCUGAGCUGAGGAAAGGCAUUCAGUUGGAGCUUGGUAUCGACACAUCAGAGGAGCCCAAACACAAAUAUGCCCAGACUGAACUGGAUUCAUCCUACGAGGAUCUGUGCGCCAGCUGUCAGUGGGACAUGCAUGGUGACGGUGAGCAGCGGGAGAUGUUCAACACGGCAUCCAUCUCGUCCUGUGAACUCGGCUUUGAAAAGCACUACGAGAGAUUAAAUGAGCAUGUUGCUGCCGCUGGCCCUCUACCGCCGUUCCUCGUGAGCGGCAUCCCAGGCUCAGGCAAGUCCCUGCUCCUGGCCAAGUGGAUCUCUCUUUUUCAGAAGAGGAGUCCCAGCAGUCUGGUGGUCUAUCACUUCGUCGGCAGCCCCGCCUCCUGCAGUGCCAAUGCAGUCAGCAUGAUACGUCGAAUCACAGCUCAGCUGAUACAGUAUGUGACGUCACCCCCGGCCCUGACCUGUGACCCCAACAGACUCUUGGAUGAGUUCCCCAAGUGGCUGGAGAGAGUUUCAUCUCGUCUUCCAGGAGGAAUCAUUCUAGUCAUCGAUUCCUUGGACAGAAUACAGAAUGCUGAGAACCACUUACAGUGGUUGCUGGACCCUCUACCCGUUGACAUCCGAGUCAUAGUAACUGCUAAUCCUGACAAUUGUCUUCCUGCCUGGAGAUCCUGGCCCACGCUCCACUUGGAGGCCCUCAGCCCCCGCCAUGCCAAGGAGCUCCUCCACUCCCUCAACCAGGAGCGCAACUUCCUGCUCAGCGGGGAGCAGGAGGCUCAUGUGGUCUCCCACUGUCGCACCCCGGCCUCCCGUCUCCCGCUCUACCUCGCUGUGCUCGUGGACCAGCUGGCACAGACAGCCAGCGGGACAGUGACGGAUGCUAAGCUGGAUGCCUGCCUGCAGCACGCCGACACGGUGGAGAUCUAUCGACAUGUGCUGGAGUCACUUGAGGAACAGUAUGAGGGCAAUGUUGAAAGGGGAUUGGUCAAGAGAAUAUGUCAGCUGGUCUAUGUGUCUCGUAAUGGUGUAUCUGAAUCGGAGCUGUUCCAGUUAAUCCCUGACCUGACGUGGGUCACGUGGGCUCCUUUGUGUUACGACCUUCUGGAUUGCCAUGUCUUCACAUACCGGGCUGGCUCCUUGACUUUUGCACAUGAACAGGUUCAGGAAGCGGUACAGUUGAACUACUGCAUGGGCGUGCAUGAACAAGACCUCACCUCCACAACACAGCUUCUCAUCGGGUUUUAUUCCAAACUGCUUCAGCCGGGCAGUGUGACGGCUCGCCUUGCGGACGAGCUCCCGUUCCUGAUCCAGUCCACAGGCGACAGCCAACAGUUGCGGGAAUGCCUGUCCAACCUCUGCGUCUUCCGCUUGCUGUACACCAGGGGGCGGUGUUCAGAGUUGCUGGACUUCUGGGGAUCGGUCGGCGUAGACAGGCAGGGUGUGGCUAGCAUCUACUUUGACACAGUCAAAAAAGUGGAAGAGGUGUACGCUGGUGUACUUUCUCUACCCACAAUAGCCUUUCUGCAUGAGAUGCUGGGCCGAUUUCUGAAAGACAUGGGACUUCUCAUUCAGGCUGUGCGUCCUCUGCAGCGAGCACUGGAGAUCCGUGAGUCCAUGGACCCAGACCACCCCAGCGUGGCACAGUCCUUCCACCUCCUGGGGGGUCUCCACGGCCAGUGGGGCAAGUACGCCACGGCCGAGGCCUACUACAAGCAGGCCCUGGAGAUCAGCGAGAACGCCUACGAUGGUGAUCACCCCACGGUGCUGAAAAUGCUGGAAUCACUGGUGGUGCUAUACAAGAAACAGAACAAGCAUGAACAAGCCGAGCUGUUGCAGAAGAGAGUUACAGCCAUACUCAAGCGCAUGCAGCCCCCGCACGUCCCACCCCACCAGAAGAGUGCCCUCAAUGCCCUGAAGAAGCGCAGCCUUCAGCUGCAGGAGAUGGCCACAGGGCCGGACUCCCUGGAGUUGGCCAAGACGCUGAAUGAGCUCGGGGUGCUGUACUACCUCCAGAACAAUAUCAGCAAUGCAGAGCAGAGCUUCCAACGAUCCUUGUCCAUACGUGAGGCGUUACUGGGAGAGCAGCAUCUCGACGUUGCACAGUCUUUAAAUAACCUGGCGGCCCUGUACAAUGACUCCAACGAUCUGACGAAGGCCGGUGUCCUUUACGAGCGAGUGCUGAGCAUAAGGAAAUCUCUCUUGCCAGGCGACCAUCCUACAGUGGUCUCGUCGAUACGGAACCUGGGAAUGCUGUAUCGUAGACAGGGUAAAUACACUGAUGCUGAGCCAUUGUACAUUCAAGCCGUGGAAACUAAAGAGAGAUGCCUAGGUGGAAAUCAUUCCAGUGUGGCCACAGCGUUGGUCAAUCUGGCCGUAGUCUACUGCCAGCAGAGGAAGCACACUGAAGCCCUUCCGCUGUACGAGCGAGCACUGCGGAUCUACGAGGAAAACCUGGGUCCCCACCACACCAAGGUGGCAGAGACGCUGCGCAACCUUGCCGUCCUGCGCUACGAACAGGGUGACUUCCAGAACGCUGCCACUCUCUACAAGCGCGCCAUGGACAUCAAAGAAAUGGAGGCGGCCUUUGCAAAGAAGCCCUUCUCGCGACGAUCGUCGAGCGGGGGAUCGUCGGCUGUUAGGCCCAUCAUCCCAAUGAGCCCACAACUUCUGCUCAGUGACAGCAGGUAGUGAAGGGCUGAAUGUUAAGGGCUUAUGCGGACUGCACCGUAUAAGAAGUAUAAUUGAACAGCAUAUUCCAAGUUAACUUUAUAGAUCAAGAACACUUCCAGUAUUUGAAACCCACAUAAAUGUGAUAGGCUCUGGGUUCUUCAUAGCCUGAAAAGUUUGAUGUACCUGUACAGUAUAUUUCUGUUACAGUGACUAGCCAGCAGAGCUUAUUUGUCUAUGCAAAUCAUUCCGUCCAGAACUCUCUGAAAUUUGUUUAAGCUGAUGGGGUGCAGGUGGACAAACUUUCCAUGGAGAAACUCUUGUUUGGAAACCAACCAAUUCAGAGCUUGCAUUAUUGCAUUAUAAUGCAUCCGUAAUUCAGUGGGGUUGGCAAGAAAGGUGUUGGUUCAACAAUCCAAUGGUCUUUUACCCAAUCCAACUGCCAAAUGUACCAAAGGUUGUAGUCUUUGGACCCCAACAUAAUAAGCCUUUUGCGAGUUAAAUUUGAGUAAAAUCUUGUACACUGAGUUACCUGACUGCACAUAAACAUAACGAUUUGAAUUCCCCAGACUAAAGAUACUGUUGCUGUACCUCAUGAUUUGUGGCAAGCUUUGCAUAGCAAUUACCUUCUCUAGAAUGGACUGGUUCCUUUGUGCCCCUCUUAUCCAUUGAAAACCGUGUGUCGGUGCAAGCUUGCCUCGAGUCAUGAGGUACAGUAUACAUGUAGCGACAAUGUCUUUAGUAAGGAGAAGUCAAAUUGUUAUGUUUACGUGAAUUUUAUAAAGACAGGUGUUAUUCAAAUUUAACUCACAAAAGGCUUAUUGUGAUGUCAAGACAAUUACCAAAACUUCUUUGUACCUUUAACCCUAACGGUGCUGAACCCAACAAGGUUAUGCAGGAUUUCAAUGGUCCCUAGGGGGUUAGGGUUAAUGUUUAAACCUCCACCACUCAAUGUUUACAUGUACAAUGUAUUUGACUGAAUAUUUGUUCAAGCUCUGUUCGCCUUUACUUAAUGCAUCUUGACUGUCUUCCAGUAUUUGUAUUCUGUAAAUAUACAGUGUUUAUUUAUUCAUUUAUACUAUAUGAUGAAGUUGAUACAUUUGUAAAUAAUUUUUACCUUGAAUGAUGCUUUUUUUUAAGAAAGAAGGCUGCAGUAAAUAACCUGACAACGCUUUUACAGACAAUUUGAGUGACAGGGUUUUAUCCAUUCUGGGCCUGACCUUAUCCCCAGCUCUAAAAUUCCACAGGUUGGCUGUCAAUUUCUCUAGACAGUACUUGGAAGAGUACUUCAUCCACACCAAUGGUACAAGUGUGAAACACACAACCUUGUUCUGGGCUUGAGAGGACCAAAUUCUUACACGCACAAAAACUUGGUGAAAAUGUUACCCAUGCAAGGAUGCAUAUAGAUGGAUCCAAGUGUGUCCACACUGAGGACCAAAAAUGGAAACAAAGUUUCUCUUUUUUGUAAUACGAUAGAACUGUGUUUGUGCCUCAUGCAAUUUGGGUGUACAUGUAAUAGUUAAGUUGUAAUGGUUAAAAAUUCAUAAAAAUACAUUAGGUAUACAUGCUUAAAACUGCGUACGUGGCAAUGCUAUGGGUGUGAUACACUUCCUUUGGAAAGCAUGCAUUUUGAAAAUAGUUUUAAAGUUCAAGCAAAUUUUUCCAGCAUACACAUAUAUACUGGGUGAUUAAGGAUACAUGUGUACAUGUAUGUCUAUACAUUUACAUGUAUCCUUAAUCACCCAGCUGAAUGUGAUGUUUCCCUUUACUCAUGGCUUUCAUGUGCUAGCCUUAUUUCUGAUGAAGAUUAUUGAUACCAAAUCAUGCUGACACUACCUAUUUGAGAUAUUUCCUUGAAACCUCAACAUCUCUAUACACUUAAAAAAUUUCUAGCAGUGCUCCAAGAAUCAGGCUCGCACACAGCAUGAAUGCCAGAGGUGCCUUAGCCACAGUUGUGAGAUAUUGUGGCAAGAGUUUUAAGAAUUUUUUAAUCACAUUUUGGUCUCAACUAGACUGGUCACCUGUCUUGUCUAUAAUAAAUAUCCAUCUUUGCGGUGCAA